AUGCGCAUCGCCACUGUCACGCCCAGCCGCUCCCUGCAGAACCGCUUCGGAGUGUUCCGCCACAGCGAGUGGGUGGGGCGGGCGUUGGGGUCGCGCGUGCGGGCGGCCAAGGGGGGCGGCUUCCUGCACCUGCUCGCGCCCUCGCCCGCCCUCUGGACCAAGGUGCUACCACACCGCACGCAGAUCCUCUACCUGCCCGACAUCGCUCUCAUCAUCGCGCGCCUCGCCGUGACGCCCGGCGCUGUGGUGCUGGAGAGCGGCACGGGCAGCGGCAGCCUGUCGCACUCCCUGGCGCGCGCCGUGGCGCCCUCCGGCCGCCUGCUCUCCUUCGACUUCCACCACGGCCGCGCCGAGCAGGCGAGGGCGGAGUUUGAGGCGAACGGCAUAGCGGGCGUGGCAUCGGUGCAGGAGAGGGACAUUCAGGGCGACGGCUUCCCGCCCCACCUGCACGGCACGGCGCACGCCGUCUUCCUCGACCUGCCCUGCCCCUGGCUCGCCCUGCCCUCCGCCGCCGCGUGCCUGGUGGGGGGCGGGCGGGUGUGCUCCUUCUCGCCCUGCAUGGAGCAGGUGCAGCGCUGCUCCCAAGCCAUGCGCGCCCACGGCCUCACCGACAUUCGCACCGUGGAGCUGCUCAGCCGAACCUACGACGUGCGCGAGGAGGUCCUCACCCCAGCCCGGUGUGACGCGCGCCGCAUGGUGCAUGAGCGGUCGUUGCAACCGUUUACCGCCUCGCCUCGCCUUCCGGAUUUCCCUGUCCCCUCGCCGUCCCCUCGCCUUCCCCCCACCCCAUCCCCUCCGCUAACCCCCUCGCUUCGCCUCUUCUCCAUCCGCCCUCCUCGCCAGCACGCGUCGCACGAGUCUCGCUACCUCCUUCGCCUCCUACUUUUCUCUCCCGCCCUCCCUGCCCCCCGUUCUUCCCCCGCCCCCAUUCCCCUUCGCGCCGUCCCCCCUCCCCUCCAGAUGCGCGCGAGCCUAGCGGAGGCGCAGCAGCAGGGCGGGUACUGGCGCGAGGCGGCGGCGGCGCUGCAGCAGCGCGCGAAGCGGGAGGAGGCGGCGCGGGAGGCGAGUGAGGCGGCGGCGCGCGAGGCGGCGGCGCGGCUAAGGAAGGCGCUGGCGCAGCGCGCGCAGCUGAAGGAGUGCCUCCAGCGCGCCGUGCGCGAGCUGGGCGAGGAGGCGGCGGCGAGGCAGGAGGCAGAGAGGGCGCUGGCGAGGGAGCGCCACCGCUGUGCGCGCCUGCAUGCCGACCUGGGCGCCUCGAAGUCGCGCUGCUCUCAGCUGCAGGCUGACCUGGCGGCUGCCAGCCUGGCACUCGGGCGGCUGAGGGAAGAGCUGGCGGCGGCGACUCAGCGGCUGACGGCGUGCCAGGUGGCAGCGGAGGAGGCAGCAGCCGUGGAGGAGAGGCGAGGCGGGGCGAGUGGGGGGGAGGCGGUGUGGGGUGGUGGGGGGGGUGAUGAGCAGGAGGUGAGCAGGGGCAGGGAGGGGAGAGGGCAGCGGGGAAGGCGUGGGCGUGGUGGCGAAGUGGGCAGGACGACGAGGGUGGUCCAGAGGCGGGGAGAUGGGGCGUGGCAGGGUGAGGAGGGUGAGGGGACUGCCUCUGCGUGCACCUCUGCCUCCUCCGGUUCUCACGCCCCCACUGCCACGCCGCUCCCCCCACUGCGCUCCUCCUCGCCUGCUCCCCCCCCAUCACAGCAACCACAGCCCCUCGCCCUCGCCCUCCUUACAGAGCCCCUGCUGUGGCGGGCGGCCCUCAAGGCCACAGCGGCAGCGCUGCUGCUCACCACGCUGCUGGCGCUGCUCGCCUGCCUGCAGCCGCACCACUGCCCGCCCGCGCUGCUCACCAUGCUCGCCCUCACUGCCCUCGCUGCGCUGCUCACUGCACUCGCCCUCGCCCUCGCCAUGCCCUCCCGCCGCCCCUCUGCCUCACCCGCCCUCUCCCCCGCCUCCUACCGCGUUCGCAUGGUGGCAGCAGCAGCGGCGGCAGCGGUGCCUCUCCUCUGCGCCUGCUGGUUUGGCCUCGGCCUCCUCCUGCGCUCCAUGCCCCCCUGGCCUGCUGUCUCCCGUGCGCUCUACUCGCAUGGCCCCGCCUCGCUGGAGCGCGCCAUCUCAAGCUUCGGGUUCGCUCUCAGCAGUGCGCCCAUGAAAUAG